AUGAUCCCAAAUGCGCCAACGGUUCCGCUUCUUGCCCUAACAUCGAUCAAUCGCCAAACUAUUAUAUCGUUCCUCCCGUUUCGUUUCCUCAUCUGGGUGCGUGGUGUGACAUUCAAACUCACACUUCCCUUUCUAGGCUUGGCUGAAAUGGUCACAUACCUGCCCAUCUCUUCACCGUUUAUUCGAUUUGCUGGCCGCUACGUCGAUGAAGCUUUAGGUGUUGCCGCUGGGUACAACUUCUUUAUUUUCGAGGCAGCCCUAGUACCAUUCGAGAUUGUCGCUGUCAGCUUGAUUAUUAGGUACUGGACCGAUGCGAUUCCUGUCGCAGCCAUGAAUGUGGUUGUCAUUGUACUCUAUGGAGCACUGAAUCUCUUUGCCGUGAAAUGGUACGGUGAAUCAGAGUUCUGGCUUUCACUGGGCAAGGUCUUCUUGAGCUUAGGCCUGAUUUUAUACACAUUCAUCGUCAUGCUGGGCGGCAACCCGCUCGGCGAUCGGUUUGGCUUCCGCUACUGGAACGAGCCAGGUGCCUUCAACGAGUACUACAAGACAGGCGAUACCGGCAAGUUCCUCGGUGUCCUGGCAGCUGUCAUCACAGCCAGUUUCACCAUCGCCGGUCCAGACUAUGUCUCCAUGGCCGCUGGUGAGACCGUGAACCCGCGCAAGGUGCUGCCGAAGGCUUUCAACGGUGUUUUCUACCGUCUCACGGCAUUCUUUAUUCUGGGUGUUCUCUGCAUCGGCAUUCUUGUCCCGUACAACGAUGAAACCAUGGCGGAUGCGUUCGACAAUGACAAGCCCGGUGCCGCUGCCUCGCCCUAUGUCAUCUCCAUGGAUCGCCUAAAGAUCCCCAUCCUGCCAGGCAUCGUCAACGCCGUCAUUCUCACAGCUUCGUUCAGCGCAGGUAACAGUUACAUGUACUGUGCCAGUCGCAGUCUGUACGGUCUAGCUCUUGAGGGCAAAGCCCCGAAUUUCCUUACCAAGUGCACCAACAACGGUGUUCCUAUCUACUGUGUCGGUAGUGUGCUCGUCAUCGGCCUCUUGAGUUUCCUGCAGGUAUCCAACAGCGCAUCAGUCGUGCUAAACUGGUUUGUUAAUCUGGUCACCGCCUCCCAGCUCAUCAACUUCUCCGUCGUCACUUUCACCUUCAUCCGUUUCAAGAAAGCUCUCGCGGCCCAAGGGAUUUCCAGGAAAACCUUGCCAUACCGCAGCUGGUUCCAACCGUACCUCGCCUACUUCGCUUGCAUCUGCACUACGGUCAUGGCUUUCGUCGGUGGCUAUACCGUCUUCCUCCCUGGCAACUGGUCCAUCCCGACAUUCCUCUUCUCCUAUACUAUGAUCGGCGUCUUCCCGGUCAUCUACUUUGGGUGGAAAUUCUUCCACGGGACCAAGUUCCUCAAGCCUGAGGAGGUCGAUCUGGUCACUGGUGUCCCUGAGAUCGAGGAAUAUACUAGAGACAUUGUGGUCACACCCCCAAAGUGA